GAUUAAUCCAGAUCAUGGCGUUGGCAGAAAUUCCUCCGAUUUUAGUCACCCGGGCCAUCAGUGAUCAGCCAUGCCCUUCACAGCGCCAUCCCAACGUCGGAGGACUCUCUUGGCUUAGCCCGCUUGGAGACCAAUCGAAUCCAGGGACUCAGUGACCAAAACUUGACAGAAAAAACAAAAGUGCUGUCUGAAAAUCCCCUGGUAGGAUAUUCACCCUGUUGAGGCUGAUAGUGAGUAGUCGAGCAGUUUGGUGAAGAGCUACAGUAGUAGAGCACUGUCCAGUCCAGCUCUCUACUGCAGUGUUCUAACAGAGGAAAAAGGAGACGUCACCAUGUCCACCGAGGGGAUGUCUAGAGAGGAGGCAGAGGAGUACCAGAAACAGGUGGUGGAGGAAAAGAUGGAGAGAGAUUCAGAGUUCUUGGUAAAGAAAGCUGAGAGGGCCACACUGAGAACGUGCUUAAGAGACAAAUACAGACUACCAAAGAGUGAACAGGACGCAAACCUGAUGGAGUUGGCAGGAGACGACAUUGACGUGCCCGAAGAACUACUCAAAAUGGUGGAUGAGGACGCCACAGAGGAGGAGGAGAAGGACUCUAUCCUGGGCCAGAUACAGAACCUCCAGAACAUGGACAUGGACCAGAUCAAGGAGAAAGCCUCAGCCACCAUGGUUGAGAUGAAAUCUAAAGCAGAGGAGAAGUGCUCUGUAAUGUGAUGUGAUGAGAGGAAACACUGGUUCAGUUGAUCUGAGAUUAGUUCCUAAGCACCAAGUUUGACCAAGGAUAGGACUUCCAUGGUUGGACUUCCCUGAAAUAUUCUAGCUUUCAAGUAUUCUAAUCUAGACUGUGGGCUUGGAUUUAUCCGAAACACAUACAGUAGUCCUACUACACAAUCUAAAUUUAACCAGUCUUAAAUUGGUUAAUCUGUCAAUAGAGGGCCCUCUCUCCUGGAGAGAUGACUCUUAAUCUGUCUUUCUCAGAAGCUGUGGGGAGGAGGUCAGGGAAAACAUCACAGGGAUGGCAGUAAAAGUAUUUUUGUUGUUGUGGUUAAUACGGUUUUCUGUUCUUUUUAUAUACAGUAAACCUCAUGUCUUCUUUGCAAGAAGGUACAAUUAAGAGGAUGUCAUGUCAUCACGGUUAUAAAUGCUCUGAAUUGUUUCAUGUUAAAAAAUACAUUCCUCUGAAUCUUUGGUAAAGCCUUUGUAAAACAGACCAUAUGCAAUUGGAUUUUGUACUUGAGCUCGUUUGUAAUAAACAUAGAGAUGUUUCAUAAGA